AUGUCAGUGAAACUUGAGCACUUAACAAUUCAGAAAAGCCCGAAAUUGAGAACAAAAAGAGUUGAUGAUAUUCUAUCAUCAAUUGACACUUUGCAAAAAGACCUUAAGAAUAUCAAAAAGGAGCCUUUUAAAUCUUCUUCAAUAGGCACUUUGGAAGUCUUAACCCAAGCAACGACACUUAAAAAAAAGCCAACUUUUAAUAGAUCGAACACUUACUUAAAAGGCAAAGACCGAAUUGAGCUUAUAAAAAAUAAAGAAGAAGCAGAAAAACGCAAACAAAAAGAAAAAAACGCUCUACAAAUCAUAUAUGGGGAUACUCCUCAGCACAAAAGAUAUAUGACACAAGAAAUAUUUACUGAUAAAGAAGUAUACCGUAUUGUGCAGAACAAUAAAAGAAAAUUUGGCCCAGACCGCACAAAGUCGAAAUUAAAUAUCCAAUUUUUCGAGACUCCUAAAGCGAAUUAUCAAUUCAAACGGGGAAGAGAAAAAGUAGUUGCCAAAGAAGAAGUCACAAAAGGUCUGAAUUCUAUUUAUUUUAAUCAUACCUAUAGAAAUUCUCCAAGAAUGCAAAAAAAGCACCUUAUCAAACAAAUUGAAGAAUCGAAAUUCAAAACAUUUUCUUCCCUUUCACUUCCUGAAUGCUUUAGUCCUUCUUCUCCAGCUGAAAGCUGUGGUAAAAAAUCAGUGGAUGAAGAAUUCGCAUUUUGCACACAAAACGCUUUUCAAAGCUUAAUAAAAGAAUCAGAGAGGAUAAAGCUAAAGCCAUUUGAUAAUAUGAAACCUAAGAGACGUCUGGGUAUUUUGAAAUAG